UUUGCUCAGACACAAACCAAGGAAGUUUUUCUUUCGCGCUUGUGCAGCUGGCAUGAAGACGUGUGUGUAGUGAGUGACACUUAUCUCAGCUUUAACAAUAGCAAGCGCGCUAUUUUAAGGAGAGCGAAUAGUUUGUACAAAUGGCUGACGGUCGUGAAGUGAAGUGUGUAAUGUGUCAGCGGUCCGAGGAGACGAGUGUAACCGGACCAAUGUCGACUAAAGAUGGGUUGACUGCUCAUCAGAACUGCUUGUUAUUUGCCUCUGGUCUAUAUUGCAAGAAUACGCCAGAGUUUGACGACCUUUUCGGUUUCUCUGUUGAGGAUGUGAGGGAUGAAGUCAACCGAGGAAAUAAACUGACCUGCCGCAAAUGUAAGAAAAGGGGCGCUGCUGCCGGGUGUGAAGUGAGACGCUGCAAGAAAUCCUACCACUACCCUUGUGCUGUUGAGGAUAAAGCAAAGAUUACUGAAGAUCCAAAGGGUGGACUUUACGGGUUGUUCUGCCCCGAACAUUAUCCACAACCACAAGGAGGAGCCAAGAACGAUGGCGCUGAAAAUGGGAUGGACUCAGACUCUGCAGUAGCUGGAACAUCCAACAAUGUCAACGGAGCUGGAUCAUCUAAGGUUUACUGUCUUGCCUGUGAAAAGACUGAAGGAAAUAUCAGUUUGGAAAGUUUGUCUAAUAGCAUUAUCAUGUUGUAUUGUGAUAAACAUGUUCCUUCCUCACAUAAGAGGAACAGCAGUGUGGCAGGAGAGUCUGUUUGCAGCAGUGACUCAAGCUCAUCCAGCAGUGGGACACAUAGGUCCCCCAAGAAACGGUUACGUAUUGAUGACAGACACAAGAUCCCCUUGAAAAGGAUAUUAUCAGACAGUUCGUCAUGUUCAGAAGAGGACCAACCUAACACAGAUAUGAAUAUAUUUGCACCUAUAGAGUCAGACUUUGAUGAAAGUGCAAACUCUGUUCCUGGGCAACAAGUAGGUUUUAUAUUAUUCCUCAUCAAUAUCAUCAUUUCAAGGCCUUAGAUGUUUAAAUAACUGAUGGUAUUUUUCUCUCUCAUUCUUCUCCACGUCUUGACUGUGCUUCAGUUCAGCAAGUAAGAGCAAAUUCUUUGUGAAAAUAAAAGUGCACUAAGGAUGUUUCUUCACUUAAACGGUCAUUUGUCAGUUAGUUAGUCUUCCAAAAAUCAAUCUCAAUAAAACCUUAAGUCUGUGAAAGUUUACUCAAAACUGUAGCGUGAGUAAACUCAAAAUGAGCUCCACAUGAGUGUCUCUAUGUUUCUCAGUAGACUAUUGUUUCCGUCUUGUGUGAGACGACUGCAAACAGGUCAACAUAUAAUUGAAAACACAAAGAAGCCAGUGUAUACACAGAUGCUCCCUCACCCAGGGGCUGUUGCACCUGACACAUCACCACCAUCCAUGAUCACCACAACUUACACUCACAAAAAAUGACCACUGUGUAUAAUCGUCACCUUUUUUGAAA